ACAGCAGACAGACAGUGGCGCGGCCGUCGACGCAGCGUCUGGCACACUAUUUUUAUUUUGAUUCAACUAAUCACAUAACGAGCCGACUUGAUUCACACGUAACCGUCUCGCGUUUGCAAUAAAAUAUCAUUUUAAACAACGAUCAAACGUGACGAGUGAUAGACAGACUGAGAGUUUCCGAUUUUUGGUGCUAACCUCAUACUUUUUUUAGUUGUGUUUUUGAGAGAACUGCAAGACUGUGAUCGAUAGUGCAAGAUGUACUUCAGAUGACUCCGCAUUAUUAUUCAACCGCGUGUUGUUUUCUGAUGCGUCGGCGGGCGUGGUGAGCGGCAUGCAGGGCGGAGCGCCGGCCGCGGACGCCGACCAGGCACAGUUCGAGGCCGACAAGCGCGCCGUCUACAAACACCCACUGUUUCCGCUGCUAGCCCUCUUAUUAGAGCGAUGCGAGCAGGCCACAGCGGGGGCGGAGCCCGUGGCGGCCGACGCCUUCGGAGCGGACCUUCAGGCCUUCGUGCAGCACCAACGCCGCGACCGUCGGCCCUUCCUCACCGACGAGCCAGAGAUCGACGGCCUUAUGAUCAAAAGCAUACAGGUGCUCCGCAUCCACCUGCUGGAGUUGGAGAAGGUCCAGGAGCUGUGCCGGGACUUUUGCGGGCGCUACAUCGCCUGCCUCAAGACCAAGAUGCAGAGCGAGAACCUGUUGCGCACAGACUACUCCGCUGGCGGCGUGGAGAGCAAUAACAACCUGUCCGGUCCCCUGGACGACCACUCCAGCACCUCAAACUCGCCACAAUAUCAGUCCCCGCCGGCGCCCCCGCUGCCGGCGCCGUCGUUCCCCGCCGUGUUCCCGCCACACGCCGACCUGCCGUACGCGGCGCCGCUGCGGGACCCACCGUCCUCGCUUGUGGUCCAGGGGUCGACGCCGAUCGGCCAGAUUGGAGCCGGGUUGUUGACUAAUAAUGACUCCUUUACAGGAACAAACUCCAACAACUCGUGCUCGUCAGUGUCGGGGUCUCCGCCCCCCGAGGAGGACUGCGGCGACGACUGUGGCGGCAAGCGCGGAGUCCUACCGCGGCACGCCACCCAGGUCAUGCGCGCAUGGCUCUUCCAGCAUCUCGUUCACCCCUACCCCACAGAGGAGGAGAAGCGCACCCUGGCCGCGCAGACGCGGCUGACGCUGCUGCAAGUCAAUAACUGGUUCAUCAACGCGCGCCGCCGUAUCCUGCAGCCCAUGCUGGACUGUGCUGACAAGCCUGGUGGUAAGAAGAGCAAAAACGGCUCGUCGAUAAGCAAGCGGUAUUGGCCUGACGCUCUUACCAACCCGCAGUUCACAGCUGGCCUCCUCUCCUCCUCAGAGGAUGAGGACCAGGAGGGCGACCCCUCCGGCGACGAGCACGACCCUCAGGAGGACCAGCCCUCAGAGCACUUCCCUCCCAUACAACAGAGUAUGCAUUAGGGUGGUAAUUGGUACGGUAUAUAUGAACAUUUUGGUUUUACAAGCAAUCUGAUUUUAAACCGACUUCAAAAAAGAAGGUUAUCAACGUCUAGAGCUAAAUAGGUCGAAAACUACAUACUCCGAGUUACAUACUCCGGGCACUAUACAACAAUGUCAUGCUUAGUGUGUGCCUGACGCCUAAGUGUAAGCGAGAUAGAUAAUCCACGCGCGUUCGUUUCACUCAUUGGUGGCUUCCGGCCAUUUAAGAUGUCAAUUUGCAGACAAAACAUAAUUUUUAUUUAGUGUGACAGCACUAAAAAUAGGCUUAGGGGGCAUGUCGCCCACAUAAUAACAGGUCUGUGGGCCAGUUUACACUUCAUAUUUUUUGUAGUCCAAACUAAAAUUUUGUAACAGAAUACCGCUUCCUUCUUUGGUCGAAGUAAACUCAGUGAAGUGUUUCAGGCGAGUUGACUACAAAAAAAAUAUAAAAGGGGACAACUCGCCCGCAGGGUUAUAUAAAGUGGCUGAUUUGCCACCUACACUUAAUAACUCUUACAAAUAAAAAAUAAACCAGGGGUAAACGUGGGUUUUAAGUAUUUGACAGCCACGAAAAACUGAAUCCAAUUAUCAUACAAUUCGACUGAGCUUUGCUUGGCUGUCAAAUACUUGAACCCACGUUCAUCCCUGGUUUAUUUUUUAUUUGCAAGGUGGUGGAAUAGUACCGUCCUUCACUUACUACGAGUGCGAGACAGAGAUAAAACUAGUUUUAGAACUAAUCCCAAUGCUGGGCAAAGGCCUCUCUUUCCUCAGCCAUCUGUCAAACUAAAAAUGCACUAAUUUCUAAUUUUAAGAUCGCUUGUAGAACCAAAAUUGUGAAAAGUAAAUGUUGAAAACACUUUUGAAUUUUAAAUACAAUAUUAUCGUUUUCGAAAUCAUCUCAAAACGUAUCAAUGAGUGACUUUACAGGCUACGUUCACCAAAAACAAUGUAGAUGGCGUUGUGCAGCUUUAAAGUGAUAAUUACCUACUUUCUCAUUAUUCGGGUACAUAAUUAUUCCAAAAUACAAAGUAAAGGCAGAAGCAUAUAUAAAAAUAAUUGUUGCUUGAUAUUUGAAUUACAACAUGUAUAUAAUUAAGUUGCUACCUUCUUCUUUGCGAGUCGAUGGCGAUCGAUACUAAAUUUUUGCUGACCAAUAAUUGGCCACGCUUACGGCAUUGUCAGUGGCUUCGUAAAGGUCUUUAAUAGUGCAGGUGUUAGGGCACUUAGGACAGCACAAAAGGUGAGCCAUAGUUUGUGGUGAUACUCCACACUCGCAAUCAUCGCAACCAUCAACCAGAUAUCCCCACCUGCAAAGAUUAUCCUUGCAGCGGCCAACCUGUUGCUACCUAUAUUGCUUCUCUUUAUUUUGAUCAGAAUAAAAUGGGUGGAAGAUGUAAUUGUGCCUGGGUGUAAUAACAAGGGUCAUCAUUUACACCCAAAAACAAAGAAAAAAAUGUGCGAGAUGUUCCUUCGUUUAACUUCGGUUAAACGAAGGAACAUCUUUACAGCGCCAUUUAUAUGGUUUUUGAGGAACGUAACCUGAAAAGAUUGAAAUUAUGCAUUAUAGUCUGAGUACCAUGACAAAUCCCAUGUCACAAAUAAAAAAAAUAAAAGACAUAUACGUUUGGUAUACUCUAAUUUUAAGCAAUUUUUAGCUAAAAAAGUACUGAAAUUGUUGCCUGGGUUUUAGAGAAGCUUCUACAUUCCCGUUUUUUAGUUGUGGCAUAGAUUAAGGAAUAAUGCCACGUAUAGUAUACGGCAACUCUCCGCUCCCCACCUAUAUAAUAAAACCAGGUAUGCUCAAAAGUGACAGCUAACAUUUCAAGGUUAGCCCAGCUGACGUCAUCUCACCCUCCGUUGCCAUUUUGUAAAAAAAAAAUUACCAACGACUAAUGUUUUUUGACGUUUUUAACUUUUAGUAAAAGAUUUACUUACAGUUUUAAUAUUUUCAUUAAAAUCUUAGUCAAAUUUUAUCGCCGGUGAAAAAAAAACUGGCCGCCAUACAAAUUUUCGUUUUUCCAGAAAAUGUCUCAGAGGUAAAAAUGAUGUAUAGGGGUGUGAUCGGAACGUCAUCUUUGAAAACUGCUCCGCAUCAGGGGGCACCCUACGGCCUGGCAAACAUAUACACCUGGAACGUUUUGGUUUUCAUGAGACCUAUUAAAAUCUUGGUCGAAUACAAUUGCCGGUAAAAAAAAACAAUAUGGCCGCCAUACAAAGUUUCGAACUAAUACAGGACACGCGAGCUGCUUGCAGCGAGCGAACCACGCGGCAUCUAGUUUUCUUAUAUAUAUGUAAUAGUAAUUAAAUACAUUAGUCAGUAAUUCACUUAAUUUUCAACAAUAAAAUGUACGUCCUUGGAAUGUUGGAGAUACCAAUCUAUUGGUAACACAGUGGUAACACUUACGUCAUCAAACGUCUAGCAAUGGCGGGUUUUCGUACGAGUGAGCAUCAAAAAUGACAGAAGCCAUACUUCAAAAAUGGAAUUGAAAAAAAAUACGAGUGAGCAUACCUUGUUUUAUUAUACCAUGGUCUAUGGAUACGGCUUUUUGGCGGGAGACGGGAACGGGACAGUUGCUUUCUUCAUUGAAUAAUCUAAAUAAUUAAUACGAAGUGGUGUUUUGUGGUUAAUGAUCGCAUUAAGUUAGUCGGAAGACAUUCGCGAGUGUUAUUAUAUUGGAGUAUUCAAUAAACAAAGUGUAUCUGCCUAUUUUCGCUUCGUGUCAGGAAGCCGCUUCAUAACUCAAAAGUUUAUGCGGACUUUUGAGUUAAUUCGUUCGGGGUUCGGAGUAGGAGUCUACUCCGAGGGUGGGGGCUUAGGUUUCAUCAUCAUCACCUUUCAUCAUUUCAUUAAUCAUCAAGAAAAAAAAUACGUCAGACAUGGCUGUAUGGGCAUAGUUCCCUUUGCCUUACCCUUCGGGGAAAACCAAAACAAAAAAAAAAAUGGUCUAUGGAUACCAUGUUUUUUUAACUAUCUAUUGUAGGCAAAGGCAGGUACUAUUCGCCAGUGCUCUCAAACUAUUCAGCCAGGCAAUAUUUCAGUACUUAGCACGUAGGAUAAGACCAUGUAUACGUAAACCAUACCUCACUAUUAAGUAUAAAAUUGAAAAACUUAAAAAUAAUCCAUCUAUUUAGUUAUAAUAGGUUGUAUUUCCUUGCAAAGGGUAGAUGAAUAAACACGAUUUUUAGGUUAGAAAUUUUCGAGUCGUGGCCAUUUUCAAUUGUUUCUUUUUAAUUUUGUCGGCAAAGGCCUUACGCAAUAGAGCCUUGUUUGAUGUAACGCGGUUUUUAAUGUAGUUUUUUUUUUAUUGGUUUUACUUUAAAUUAAAGGUUUUGGUGAUUUAUAUUUUUGUAUUUAUGUAGGCAAAAGAUUGUUAAAUGGGUUUUUUAUCGAUUGUUUUUUUUUUAACUACUACGUCGAGACUACUACUUUAGACUACUUUACUGCCCAUCCUGGGCAGUAAAAAUAGAGCUGACUUUAGAAAAGUCAAGUACAUAAUUCGUUGUUGUAUUUGUAAUAGAGAAGUCGUGUUUAUUCAACUAAGCCUCAUUUUUGAAAAUCAUAAAAUUAUAAAAUCUUAUUUUUCAAGAACCGGACAUUUUGAUCAUUACAUUUUUUCCGCUUUUUAUUUUCGUAACAAGCGUUCGUCAAUUUUUAUACACCGGGUUGUGAAUAAAAAAGUUUUUUUUUUGUCUUGACUUCCAUUUAGCCGACUGAAUGAAAUAGACUUAAGGAUAUUUUCACAAACCACGAAAAAACUAUAGAAAACCGUCCACAAGAAAAAUUGUAUUUAUUUAAAUUGUAAAAAAAAUAAGUUUUAAAUAAUAUACUCACUGUGUAUAAUUAUGUUUAUUUUUUUUAAGGCAGCCAUAUUAGAAUUUUACUAUCGUAAGUGAUACGGCGUUUUUAUUUUACAUUGGGAAAAGGCUGUUAAAAAAAAUUGCGCUUUUUUUCGUAUUAGAAGGUAGGAAUUUGCAAAAGUAUUUGUUUCUGAAAUUCCCAGUGUUAAAAUUAAUCCGCUGUGUAAUUUUAAAUACGAUUAUACGACCUAAAUAUACGAUCCAAGUAAAUUGUAUACUCAAAAAAAAAAUGAUUCAAAACUGUAUACGUCAGAUGUAUUAAAAAGUAAUCAAUUUUUUUUAAUGUUUAGGUGUAAAUUUUUUGACAUUUGAAUGAAUGAUGCUAUCAGUAUUGCGUGAGAUAUCGACUUAUUGAUAAUGAAAAAUUUAAUUAAAAUUAACAUUUUGAGUGGUAACAUCAUAAGCAUGCAGAGUAAGUACCUAAUUAUUACAAUUUAAAUCAACUAAUCGCGGUGGUUAAAAGAGUCACAUUGUUGCUUCGAUGAGGAUUUUUUAACCCCCUGAAAUGAGAAAAUGCGUAUAUAAAAAUCUAAGCAUAAUUUAAAGUUAUUUUUUCAUAUAAUAAGUCGAGAAUCCACGUCAAAUUAUGUAGAAUAGCUUGACGUAACUGUAAAGUGCUUGGUUGACCACGUUGGCUAAAAAUAAGAAAUAAAUAGGUAUAAAACUCAGUAUUUAAAUUCUUAUGCAAUAAUUGUCAGUAUUCCAUUCUAUUUUAGCUAAUGUGGUUACAAUUUGGCGGGGUUUGAAAAUGGCGACUAUUACGUAAAAAUUAAAAAAUAAAAUGCUUAAUGGCGACUGACAUGUAAAAUUAAAAUGGCGUCUGUAUUGUAAAAAAAAAUCUGACAUUAAGUCUUAUUUAUAUACCAACAUACGUAAUUUUAGUAUUUAGAAUCAUUUGUCUUGUUUCACUUCGUGUUAAAAUGAAUAUCAUGCGUCAUUUGUAAAAAAACAGUCUCGUAAACCAAAAAAUCAUGAUAUGUAAUUCGCCAUUUUUAAGUCCGCCAUAUUAUAUCGGAGGUCAGUGAUUUCGUCUGUUAUACGAGGCAACGGAUAUACGUAAUUCGGAUUGAUGAAAAAAAAAAGAUUUUUUAUAAUUAUUAAAUAAUAAAUAUAACUGUACGUAUACCUUAGUAGUAAUAAAUUGUAAUUUUAAAACGAAUAUUUAACACUAUUAUUCGAUUGUAUUGAAAUUGUAAAAAAAAAAAAUUAUCAUGAAAAAAAAAGAUUUUAUAGUUCUAUUGUCUAAGAUAGUCUUCCAUGAACUAUAAAACAUAAAUCAAUAUUUCAAAAUUGCAUAAAAAAACGAAUCGAAUUGAAUGAAUCGAACCUUACUUUUUCCGAGUUAAUAUUCCGUAAUGACAAAAAAAAUGCUUUAUUAAAAGUUACAAAUUCAUACAGUCAUACUUUAACAAUAUACAGGGUGUAAGAGACAUUGUGCCGAAAACUGAAAGAGAGAUGAUUCAGACAGUGAUUCUGAUUUAACAUCAAGUGGAAUUUUCCGUCGCAAAACUCACGAAAAUUUUAGUGUUUUUUAAAUUAUUUUAAUUUUCAUACAUUUGCGACGUCAAAUCAUCCCUUAGUUUUCGAUACUGUGUCACUAACACCCUGUAUUUAUUAUUAUUAUCUUAGUUGUUAAAAAAUAAUCACCCGCCCCUCACUGUUAUUGGAAAGUUGCCCAUAACGGUCGCCAUAUUACCGCGCUAAAUAGCAAUGGCCAACCUUUUUCCCACGAACGAACCGGAACAGGGGGCAUUUAUAAAAAAAUAAAAAUAACAAAAGUGUUUAUUUCUUGUUUUAAGCAACAUAAACUUAUGAGGCAACCCCAGGAAGCAAGGUUAAUGCUUGGGUUGGGGAUUUUUUAUAUUUAUAAUGGUGCUAAUUCCUGUAAAUACCAUCUAAUUUUAUUUUAAGUUAUAUCUGUCAUUUUCUUAUCCGCCGAAAAGGAAAGGGACGGGUAAUCGACAAGCAUAAAAUUUAUGGAACACACGUCAAUUUUAAGCACAAAUCUAAACCAACCAUCUAAAAAUUUUACAUCCGUCAAUAACCCGACACAGUUAAGUAGACAGCACGUCAAACGGAUUGCAUACCAGCGACGUACCUUUUUGAUUCGCCCGGGUUAUUCAUUCAUUUACUCAUUCUUCCUAAAAUUAAGAGCUGUGAAUCAUCCGUCCCUUUCCUUUUCGACGGAUAUGAAAAUGACGGAUAUAACUUAAAAUAAAAUUAGGCGGUGUCUGCAGGAAUCGGGGCCAUUAUAUAUGUUAUUAUUUAUAUAUUUUAAAAUGUUUAAUUAAUCUUUACAUUUAUAUAGACAAAAAUCGAAUUCAAUACAAUCGAACAGAAGUGGGUUGGAAUAAAAAUGCCAAUAUUUUUUACUAUGUCAUAGGGCUUGUUAUAAUUAUUGUUUUAAUAUGUAUAAGAUGUUUAUUUUGGUAUCUUGGACAUUUAAAAUUAAAAAAAAAAAACAAAAAAACAUACAUACUAACAUAAACAGCCUAUAAAUGUCCCACUGCUGGGCACAGGCCUCCCCUCAAUCAACUAGGAGGUAUGGAGUAUUCUCCACCGCGCUGCUCCACUGCGGGUUGGUAGCGGUGUCUUUACGGCUAAUAGCCUCCACCAAUGUCUUCACAUACAUGACAUGAAAUAAAUGUGAAUCGCGGUCACUCAGUUCAUCUUGCGAUGGUAGUACCUAUUCCUAGGCCAGUUGGGUAUAUAGUAUGAGCUUACGUAUUGUUAUAAUUAUAAAAGUUAAUCAUCAUCAUCAGUACGACGCCUACUGCUGGGCAUAGGCCUCCCCCAAGGAUCUCCACGACGAUCGGUCCUGCGCUGCCCGCAUCCGGCGGCUUCCUGCGACCUUCACCAGAUCGUCGGUCCACCUUGUAGCGGCCUAUCUACUGAGCGUCGUCCGACACGUGGUCGCCAUUCGAGAACCUUUCCGCCCACAUAACAGUUAAAGCCACGUCUGUUUCCCAAUGAGCAGACUAUGAAAUACCAUUUAGUCGCGGCGACUUGUGAUUUACUUCAACAAAAUCUCGAUGUCCUCCAAUUAAUUUCACUCUUGGUAAUAAUUCAGACCAUAUUUUUUGUCCUGGAUUGAAAUUAGACUAUCUAUUGCAAGGCUUUUUGGCGGGAACGGGACGGUUGCUUUCUUCAUUGAAUAAUCUGAACAAUUAAUACGAAGUGCUGUUUUGUGAUUAAUGAUCGCAUUAAGUUAGUCGGAAAACAUUCGCGAUAGUGUUAUUAUAUCUGAUUCAAUAAACAAAGUGUACCUAUCUAUUUUCGCUUCGUGCCAACAAGCCGCUUUAUAACUCGAAAGUUUAUGCGGACUUUUGAGUUAAUUCGUUUGGGGUUCGGAGUAGGAGUCUGCGCCGAGGGUGGAGGUUUAGGUUUCAUCAUUCAUCGUCAUCACUUUUCAUCGUUUCAUUAAUCGUCAUCAAGAAAACAAAUACAUAAGACAUGGCUGUAUGGGCAUCGUUCCCUUUGCCUUGCCCUUCGGGGAAAACCAAAACAAAUUGUUUCGUCUUAUUAUGUUCAAUAGCAAAGUUUCAGUUAAAAAAGUCCAAUGUAUAGAACUAAACAUCUUGUACUUAUUGUAAUUUUUUUUAUCAUUCUAAGACACGAAAAAAUUAAAGAAUAGUGAAAAUGUCCAGUUUCUAGUAUACUAUAGAAUUAACAGUCUGUGCUUCAUUAUAACAUAAGGUUAUGUUUGUUUGUACUGAAAAUACAUGCAAAAUAUAAAAAAACAAUAUUGCUGUAUCAUACUUUUUUUAAUAUUUGUAAAAAAACAAUUUUUUGAGUCUGGAUAAAGAUGUUUAAAAAAAUAAUUAAAAGCCAGACCAAAAAUAUAAAAAAAAACGUUUCGCCCUAAUGUGGGUAUUAUUAAGAACCUUUUUUGACACCCUACAGAAUAAAAAUGUGUAAUAGCGCCAUCGCGUUAGUUGUUUUUUUUUAAUAUUUUCUGGCUCGGUUUUACAGUGAAAAUUGUUAUUUUUGUGUUGAAUUCGUAUUAUUUGUGGAUUUUGGCCUGGUUUCACAGGCCAUUAAGAAUGUAAUUUCAGUACAAACGGACAAUUUCAACUUGGAUAUACAAUACGUAUAAUACGGCAUAAUAUUUUGCUAGUCAAAUAAAAUACUUUAGGCUCAAUAA